AAUCCUCUUGUAGGACGAAAAGCUUCGGAACAAGAAAUAAUAAAAUCAUUUGGAUAUUCAAAAACUUUUGCAAAGUCAGCUAUUCGAGCUUUUGAAGAAACCCCAUUUGGCUAUCUUUCAAAAGGUCUUUUGAACAAUAAUCUUGAAGCUGCUAUCCAAGUUGCAGGAUGCGGCUAUGAGAUCGGCACUACUUGGGGUUCCAAGGUUUUUUCUUCCCUCUUUUUUCACUCAUAUAUUUCGAUUAAACAUCUGAUGAAAUCUCUUUUCAGUGAAAAUUCAAAACAAUAACAAAACAAAAAACAUAUUUUAGACAGUAGAUAAUAAAAACAAUCAAAUUGACCUCAUUUUUAUAAAGAUUAGCUUUCAAAAACUGAAAAAAAAAAGAUAACAACAUUUGACAAUUCUUUGGAUUUUAACAUUUUACACCUAUAAAUGUAAAUUACGUUACAACGUCGAAGUUCAUAGUUGGACGUAGUGUUUACAAAUUUGUAAUAUUUUAAAAUUAUCAAAUAGUUAUCAAAUGAUAGAAGACUUUGAUUUUUUUUUUUUUAAGAUAGAGAAACAAUUGUGUGGUUUCUUUCUAUCGUAGUUUAUUCAUAAUAUGAGUUAAAUCUUUUGUUUUGUUGGCCAAAUUAGAAAGAUAGGCUACAAAAUGGGCCAUAUAUGUAUUGUUUGGUCAAAUUCCAAAUUAAUGAAGUUGUGUGUGUAGGUAUGUUUUUUGUUUUUUAAUUGAAUUACAGAUAGGGUGGAUGUAUGGAUCUACAUGCGAGGAUAUUUUAACAAGCCUAGUGAUUCAUAGAAGAGGAUGGAGAUCCAUUUACAUUGCAUUAAAUCCUCCAGCAUUCUUAGGGUGUGCACCCUCACAACUUCUUACUUCAUUAACUCAACAGAAGCGAUGGGCCUCUGGCUUCCUUGAAAUUUUAUUCAGCAAGCACUGCCCUAUUUUUGGUACACUCUUUGAGAAACUACAAUGGAAGCAAUGUGCAGCCUACUUAUGGAUCCUCACUUGGGGCAUUCGUUCCAUUCUUAAGCUUUCUUAUGCUUUACUUUCACCCUACUGCCUCAUCACUAACUCCUCUUUCUUUCCAACCAUGGAAGAGAGAGCAAUCUUCAUACCGAUUUCUCUGUUCAUCAUUUACAACUUUCAACAGUUGUUACAAUACAAAGAAACUGGUCAGUCAGUAAGAGCUUGGUGGAAUAACCAAAGAAUGGGAAGAAUAAACACAAUUUGUGCAUGGUUGUUUGGAGUAGGCAAUGUGGUUCUAAAGUUUUUGGGUGUCAGAGAAACUGUGUUUGAAGUAACAAAGAAAGAGACAUGUUCUGAGGUAGAUUUGGGGCAUUUCACAUUUGAUGAGUCUCCAAUGUUUGUGACAGGGACAACCAUUUUGUUGCUUCAACUUGUUGCUUUGCUCAUGAGCUUCAUAAGGCUGGAGAAAUCAGGAAGUGCAGUGCUUGAGGUGAUUUGUAGUUUAUGGUUACUUCUAUGGUUUUGGCCAUUUUUAAAAGGAAUACUUAUGUUUGGUAAAGGAAGAUAUGGACUUCCUUUCUCCACCAUUUACAAAUCAGCUAUCUUGACAUUGUUGUUUGUGCUAUUAUGCCAAGGAACAACCAUAAAUUAACUUAGACACGUUAUGAAUAUUUCAGAUUUUUAUUAAUAGCCUUGACUAUGUGUAAGGGGCCGUAAAUAUAAGCCUCUAAAAACUCUUAGCUGAAGGUAUGAAUAUGUACUAUGUUCUCUUAUUUGCCUAAACCAUUUAUAAUACUGAUUGUGAACUCUUUAUUUAGAUGAUAAAGUAUUAAAUUUUACUUCACUAAG